CAUUUCCGUCAGCCGCUCGGAGCCACGCAUUGUUAUGAUUUCGAUUCUGAAUCCUCGAACCUUGCAACACAACUAGUUUAUCGAGGAAUUUCGCUUCUUAUUUUCAGUUUAACAGCUGUCGAAUCAAAGAAAUGGAGGAAAAUCCUGUGCAGCCGGUGAGCAAAUCAAAAAGAAAGAGACUGCGGAAAAAACUGAACAAGCAAGGACCGAAGGAGGACGGCGGUGAAGCCCAAGCGGACCUGGAAUUCGUUCCGGUGGUCCAAGUUGAGCCUCCAGCAGAGCCUCGUCCCUGCCUGAAGCCGCAGCCAGACUUGGAGAAGGAAGAGGAAUCUCCGGUGAAAGUAGAAGAGCCAGAAAAUACUCAAGAAAUCCCGAAAACCGAGCAGAUUAAAAUGGACGUGACGAAAGGUGCCGAAAUGAGCCGCGAGGAAAUCAAGGCCGCACGCCAAGCCAAGAAAGCGGCCAAAAAAUCCAAGGAGAACAAGAAGCCUGAACAAAAGGAGGAAAAGGCGAACGUCCCAAAAGAAAAAGCACAAGAGCAAGCACAACCGAAACCUGCCGUCGUCAAAGAGCCCGUUCAAAAGGCGCCAGUAGAAAAAAUUGUGGAGGCAGCAAGCACAGAGAAGGCUGUGGUGCAGCAAAAGAGCAGUAAAGAGCUCAAGGAGGAGAGAAGACUCAAACAGGAGGCGCAACGAGCGGCCAAGGCGCAGAAAGCAGAACAGGCGAAAGCACCAAAAGAAAAAGAGGCGCCCGCCAAACCUGUCAAGUCUGUUACGGAGAACGUCAACAAGCCAGCUAAGCCAAUGCUGACUGGUCUGGCCAGGACAAUUGCUGCCAUGGCCAGAGAGUGUGCGAGAAUUGAUUGCAACCGCGAUGGCGUCCACCCAGCAUUCCUGCAGCUUGAGGCGAGAAUGCAGAGUCGGCUGUUGGAAGGGAGCACGGCGCGGGUGGUGGGGCUGAUGCGGGCCCUGCGAAGCGUCAUCAAUGACUACAAAGUGCCAGAGAACGUGGCCAUCACUAGAGAUCUGGUCGAGCACGUCGAGAAGCAGGUGGCGUACCUGCGGGGCCGCCGUCUCAUGUCUGUGGCGCUGGACCACGCAAUUAAGUCGCUGCGCCUCAACACAUUCGCCUACGACGUCUCCGAGCAGGAUGCCAAGGUCACAGUCAACGCCGCCAUCGAUGCCUACAUCAAUAAAAUUGAGCAGGACAUGCAGAGUGUCGCCCUCAACCUAGCACACAAAGUCAAAGAUGGGGCUUUACUCGCUGUUUAUUCCUAUUCGUGUCUUAUCAUGAAUGCUUUGAAGCAGCUUUUUAAGACUGGCAAAUAUUUCCGAGUCGUGGUUGUCGGCUCGACCACGCACAAUGGCGGCAUGACCAUGCUGAGCCAGCUGUCGGACCUUGGAGUCCAGUGCACCUACUUGCUGAUCAAUCAAGUUAACUUCAUUAUGCCUAAAGUUCAACUGGUGCUGCUCGGCGCCGAGUCUAUGUUGGCCAACUGCUCGAUGGUCGGUCCGGCGGGCAGCGCUCAGAUCGCCUGCGUCGCCAAUUCUCAGGGCGUGCCGGUGUACGCGUGCUGCGAGACCAGCAAGUUCUCCUACGAUUCGCACCAAGGCUCCUUCUUCAAGCAGAACGAAUUGGAACCGGAAUUUUUGGCGCCGCAGAUGAAGAACACGCCAUACCUGUCGCAGUGCUCCCUGCGAUGCGACGUGGUGCCCGAACGCUUCAUCAGCGCCAUCAUCACAGAAGUGACCAUCUUGCCGUGCUCCUCGGUGCCGGACGUGCUGCAUUCGCCCUCCUCCGACACCGUGCUUAAAUCCAGAACCGCGUAAAGCUGGAACGAACGAUGUAGUUGAUUGUCAAAAAUACGAAAUGGCUGAACGAAAUAUCUUUGUUGCUCCUGGUAAAUUUAAUUAAUCAGUGGAACUUGCAACGCAGUGAAUACAAGUGAUGGUUGACUAAUUGUAAUUAAAAAAACCCUGGAGAAUGAUAAUUAUAGUAUUAUAUUCCUUAUUUUAAUAUAUCAAAACCUAAGUUGACUUGCUUGGAAUUUUUUUUCAAAAUAAAUUUUAUGUUAAUCGGAAAA